AUGAUGAUGGAAUUUGUUUGGAUCUGUUCAGCUUCGUUAGUGUUGUGGGCAAAAAUCUUCUGGUUUCUCGUCACACACUGCGGCUGCCUUGUCCUCGCCAUCACCUUGGCGACAAACUGCGGCAAACUGUGUGCACGGAAACCGAAGAAAACAGAUGCAAAGAGCAAGAAAGGUGGGCGAACCGGAAGAACUGGUAGCAAAACAACUGGCACCACCGCCACCACUGGCACCACCACUACAACAACAACGACUGGAGGCAUCACGACUCACGAUCCGGAAAACGCGGCGGCUGGGGGCGCCAAAGCUGUUUCAGAUGGUACUGCCGCGUAUCCGCUGGCGAAGAAGAUGUCGACGACGUUGUCAGUUACCGGAGAGACGAAGACGACGGAGAGUAUCGCUCAGGAAAUAGCCAAUGCGAAGAAUUCGAAAAAGAAGAAGAAGACGGAGGAUGCGGACGAGGGGAAGAAUACCAAAGGAACAGUGGAAGAGAAGGAGACCGACUACAAACACGAAAACACACUUCGUAUCGAGAUGGUCGACGACGAUCACACGAAGACUACCGACGCGUCGGCUUGCUUCGACGCCUACGAUCCGAAUAAUCCGACUGGAGAGGGAGAAGGUGGAAAGUUGGAGAAGAAGCCGUCGCAGGCGAAGAAUAAACAACAAUCCGGAAAGAAGAAGGGCAAGGGAAAGAAGAAUAAGAAUACGGUGUCGGUGCAGAGUGUCGAGUGUCAACCUCCGCCUGAUAAGGAGAAGGUGUCCAACUCGAAGAAAUCGAAGCGAUCUUUGAGAGAGACGAAACAACCGACAUCGGGACCCGAAAACCAGCCACAAUCGAAUCCAGAGAAGAAGGAGAAGGUGGCGACAAUGAUUGAAGACGAAGCGACUCCGAAGGAGAAGGAAAAGGGAGAGAGACAAGAGAAGAGGACUCAGGAGGAUUCGAUUGAUAAGUAG